GGACGCUGCCCUCCUCGCUCUCAAGUCUGGGAUCUGGAUCUGGGACGCACGCUUCCAUCUGUUGAUCUGCCCAGCGUCAAGCGUCAAGCCAGCGCCCACCAAGCCCCCAGGCCAUCCUCCAAGCAACCUCCGUCUGCCAUGGUCCAGCUUACAGAAAUCCCCUCGAACGAUCCCAUCAUCAAGGAGAUCGAGGUCGAGAACGAUGAAGACUACGAAGACAUUGAGGACGAGGAGGAAGAGGUCCCUGCCAACCCGACCGAAGUGAACGGCAGCAACGAGCCGAGCACCAAGGCCGGCGUCGCCGCCGAUAUCGACGGAAUCGACGACGAGGACGAUGACGACGAGGACGACGACGACGACGACAUGGACGAGUCGCUGAUCGAGCGGCUGUCGGCCCUGACCGAGAUCAUUCCGUACGCAACGAGACGAUCGGUCUACAAUGCGGUCUCGGGCACCCUCGGUCUUGGAUACGGCGUCCUGCGACUGGCCGGUGGUCUGGGAUGGAUCGUCGCCACUGCCUCGUUACUGGUGGCCCUGCCUGUUGCCCUCGAGGUUGAGCGCGAGACCUUUGCCCUGAUGGCCGAAGCCCAGCAGCGCGGAGGUGCCCAUGGACAGGCCCAGCAGGCCCAGCAAGUCAUCGGCGGCCCUGCUGCCUAAGCACGCAUACUUUUCGGCAUCGCACAGUCCUCCAAACUCCAAUCAGCGUCCUUGGACAUGCUUCAGGAGUCGCAACCCCUCCCUCCUCCUCCUCCUCUUUCCCUCUCCUCCCCCAUCGCCACGCAUCGCCACGCAUGCUAUUUUGUACAGGCAUUCUCUACAGCGUUCACGAACGAAACGGAACGAAACGAAGCGAAACGAAUCGGAGUUGCACUGGUAUUUUGUGGUCCAACAGCAAUCGCUCGGUUUUUGUCCUUCGGGAUUCGGAAUACACACCUCCCCACCCCCCGCUC